AUGAACGAAGGACUUGAAAACAACUUGACUCAACUGUAUGACAACUGGACAUUUUACAACUCCUCCGUGGAGUCCAUCCCGCCCAGGAACAACAUCACCUAUGUUGGAUUUUACCUGCAUCAGCCGUCCACAGCAGCCAUCUUCAUCGUGUCCUAUCUGCUGAUCUUCCUCGUGUGCAUGGUGGGAAAUGGAGUGGUGUGUUUCAUCGUGCUGAGGAGCAAAAACAUGCGGACUGUCACCAAUUUGUUCAUCCUAAACCUUGCUGUGAGUGACCUCCUGGUUGGGAUUUUCUGCAUGCCCACAACUCUUCUUGACAACAUAAUUACAGGAUGGCCUUUUGGAAGCCUGGUCUGCAAAAUGAGCGGCAUGGUCCAAGGGAUCUCUGUGUCAGCAUCCGUCUUUACUCUGGUCGCUAUUGCUGUUGACAGAUUCAGAUGCAUUGUCUACCCAUUCAAGCAAAAGCUGACCAUAUCCACAGCCACCUUGAUAAUAGUCAUUAUCUGGGUUCUGGCCAUAUCCAUCAUGUGCCCCUCUGGAGUGAUGCUACAAGUGACCAAGGAGCAAACCAUUCGGGUAUUACUGGGCUAUGACAACAAAACAAGCCCAUUUUAUUGGUGCAGAGAGAACUGGCCAAACCAGGAGAUGAGAAAGAUUUACACCACUGUCCUGUUUGCAAAUAUCUACCUUGCUCCUCUUUCCCUCAUCGUGAUCAUGUACGCCCGGAUUGGCAUUACACUUUUCAAAACAGCUGUUCCAACGGGAGGAAAGCCGGGCCACGACAACCGCCACACUGUGUCAAAGAAAAAGCAAAGGGUGAUUAAAAUGCUUCUUAUAGUUGCUUUGCUUUUCAUUCUUUCCUGGCUGCCUCUGUGGUCCCUCAUGAUGUUGAGCGAUUAUGCCAGCCUGACUGAGCAGCAGUACAGAAUCAUCAACAUUUACAUUUACCCCUUUGCCCACUGGCUAGCCUUCUUCAAUAGCAGUGUCAACCCCAUCAUCUACGGUUUCUUCAAUGAGAAUUUCCGCAGAGGAUUUCAAGCUGUGUUCAAGUUCAGCCUGUGCACCGCGGACGGACAGCGGAGGAAAACCUACUCACACAGGCUGCAGGGAAACUCUGUGCUCCCAGCAAAUAAUGCACAAACCUCCCUGGAGCCUAUUUCUCUCAACAGCCUAGAUAAGAACACCUCCAGGCGACUCAACCAUGUCACUGAACAGGACUUGGUCAUGGAGGACCUGGAAAAGGCAUCUUGCAGCAGUGGGGGUGUGACAGCAGUGUCUAUUUGAAAAAGACACAGAGACAGACAGAUUCUUUUAGGUGAUAAGCCAAGGUGUUUACAUUUCAAGAAAAUUGCCUGCUUCAUUCAAACUUAAGUCCUUCACUGAGCGUAAGUAAACCACAAGGGUCA